AUGUCGAGCAGCAACGCCGAGUGCAGCACUAAGCCGAAGGGGGCGGAAGGCGCAAAGAAGGAGCAAGGGGGACCUAGGAGGACUACGGUGCAGCACCAACAGCUACCGCCGAGACCGAAACUCGUCCCCAGCUAUCCUUCUGCCGAAGCAAGGAUCCAGCCUUCGUGCGACACCGACGAUGGCGACGCAACUUUCUUGCCUUUCGAACUGUCCGGCCUACCCGCGGUCACAUCUCAAGAAGUGCGAGGUGACGAGCAAUGGACGUCUGUCAUCACAGCUCCCGCUUACGCACCCCUGGAAAGCUGGUCAAACGUAAUGCAGAGUCUCAUACGCCAUCCGGAACGCAAUUCGAGCAACAUACUUCGCGCCGAUAUCGUUUCCGAGACGACCGCAAAGGAUCGCCUUCCUAACUUCGCCGAAGGAGUAGCAGUAUGGGAGAAGCAAUGGACGAUACGUAGGUCGUUGUUGCCAAGGAGGCCGAAUUUGGAUUGGAGCAUGUUGCAGGAUUGUUCGCUGUUUUACCGGUAUCGCGGGGUAGCGAGGGAGGUGAAGCAGGAGGACCAUCAGGACGAAGAGGAUGAGGGGAAAGUUGUGGAAGCAGUGGUGGUGUAUACUCCUUUGAUAGGGGAUAUGGAUCAUCCAAAGAUGAACAUUACCGAAGAUGCUUCGACAUGCGCAUCGUCACCACCACGUAUCGGCCACCCACCGCCUUACGAAUCCUACAUCCCCUUCUAUCACCCCAAAGUCCGCGCACUAGCAUUCCACUUCCACGCCCCACCGUCACCGCCCUCCUCAUUCUCCGCUCAUCUCGACCCCACCUACGGCCGUCUCUCAAUCUCGCUCAUUCCCUUCUCCCCCUCCGCCGCCACCUUUCCCCCUAUGCACCGCCUUUCCCGCGUCGCCCUGUCGCUCCUCACCACGCUCCACAUGCACACCUGGGGCCACCUCCACUCGUACCGCAAACGCGUCCACCACGACACGCUCAUCCCGCGCUCCCUCUACCAAGACCUCUACCUUUCCCUCAAGACCAAACAUGCAUCUGCACUGAUUCGCAACUGGAAGGAGGCUACGGAUCCGAGCAAGCACGUGUUUGAGGAGAUGGGAAUCGCUGCCUUUCUCAUCGGAUUAUGGACGCAGCAGUACGGAGGUGAGGAAGAUUGGAGGGGGAAGGUGAAGUUUGUGGAUGUAGGGUGUGGCAAUGGUCUGUUGACGUAUAUCUUGAUGAAGGAAGGGUUUCGCGGGGUGGGGUUGGAUAUGAGGGCCAGAAAGAGUUGGGCUGGAUAUACCGCGGAUGGUGCCAAGUUGAGAGAGUGGAACUUCAACCCCGCCACCCUCCUCCACAACAACGAUGACGAUGACGAGUGGAAUGGCGCUUGGUUGAUCGGAAACCAUGCAGAUCAACUCACUCCCUGGAUACCCCUCCUGGCGAACCAUCACCGCGCCCAAGGCUUCAUCAACCUUCCCUGCUGCUACUACGAUCUCGACGGCACUCGCGAUUUCCCACUCCUGCUCAAAGGUGAACCGGGCGAAACGCUGUCCAGAAACGAACAGUAUUUGGCCUACGUCAGCAAGUUGCACCAGGAGAGCGGCUGGACGGUCGAACUGGAUCCAUUGCGGAUCCCGAGCACCAAAAAUUGGUGUUUCGUCGGAAGACACAGGCAGCCCAACUCUCCAGAUGACGCUCACCUCAAGAACACACUCGCCCAGACAAUCGAGAGAGCUUCACUUGGCGCAUGGAGUCUCUCCACCACAACACACGACCCAGCUCCAACACGAUCAUCGUGA